UCUCUCCACGGGUCUCUGGUCUCUCCGGGUCUCUGGUCUCUGGUCUCUCCCCGGGUCUCUUUGGUCUUUCUCCACGGGUCUCUGGUCUCUCUCCCGGUCGGCGUUCUCUCCUCACAGCGGCGCGGUGUGCAGAGCUCCUCGGGGUCACUGGUUUAAACAUGGCUCUCCGUGUGGCGGUGAUCGGAGCGGGUGCGGCUGGUCUCUGCGCUGCACGCCACCUGCUGUCCAGACCCGGGACGUUCCUGCCUCCGAUUGUGUUCGAGGCGGGAGGACGCAUCGGAGGAACCUGGGCCUACGAGGAACGUGUGGGAACCUACGACAACGGGAGAGCCGUGCACAGCAGCAUGUACCAGAACCUCCGGACUAAUCUUCCCAAAGAGGUGAUGAUGUUCCCAGACUUCCCGUUCGAUCCAAAGUUGGACAGUUUCAUUCAUCAUGAAGAAGUUUUGAGAUAUCUGCAACAAUACUGCGACUACUUUAAAAUCACCCCUCACAUCAGGUUUAACACAGCAGUGGAGCGUGUGAGGCCUGUUACCAUGGAGACUGCCGACAGGAAGUUGAAAACCCAAUGGGAGGUGACGUCUUUAGACAACGCCGGGUCAGAGCGGACGGAGAGGUUCGACUCCGUGUUCGUCUGCUCCGGACACUACUCUGACCCUCACAUCCCUCAGAUCCCAGGCCUCCAGCACUUUAAAGGUGAGCUGCUGCACAGUCACAACUACCGUCGUCCGGAGCCGUACUCGGGGAAAACUAUCGUGAUUUUAGGAGCAAAAGCCUCGGCCAUCGAUAUCUCCAUGGAGCUGUCCUCUGUGGCUCAGAAGGUUUACCUGAGUCACAGACCUCCUCUUCUCACGUUUCCUCUUCCUCCGAACAUCUCAGAGGUAGAGUCCAUCAAGAAAAUCCAAGAAGACGGGACUGUGAUGUUCCAGGAUGGUGGAGUAGUUCGCCCUGACGUGCUCCUGCUCUGUACUGGAUAUAACUUCACGUUCCCGUUCGUGUCGGGGGCGGAGCUUGGCGUCCGGGUGGAGUCGGACUUCGUGGGGCCGCUGUAUCGACACCUGAUGCCGCCAUCUUACCCCUCCAUCUUUUUCAUCGGCCUGUGCACCCAGAUCUGCCCCUUCCCCCACUUCCACUGCCAGGUGCAGUACUGCCUGGCGGUCCUAGAGGGCGCUGUGACGCUCCCCUCGGUGCAGCAGAUGGAGCAGGAGAGCGGCUCGUGGCUGGAGGAGAGACUGAGGCGGGGGUUGCCACAGCGCCACCUGCUGAGGGUGGAGCAGGAGCAGUGGGAGUACUGCCGAGGUCUGGCCCAAGACGCCAACUUCUCCCAGAUCGGCGACGUCGUGAAGUCGCUGUUCCAGGAAGUGUGGAGGCAGCGGAGAGUGCACCCCGUACUCUACAGGAAGCACAACUACAGGAUGAUUAGUGACACCCAGUGGGAGAGGCUCGGCACUGACUAGACCGGUAUUGACUCUCAUCUCGAGCUCAAACGAUAUUUAACAAUCCAUCAGAAAUGUCGAAUUCAAAACAUGAAGGGAGCUGAAAAAAGUGCAGAAAUGCCCAGAGAUUACAAUCUGUUUUGGUCCUGGUUUAGUCCUGGUUUAGUCUUGGUUCUGCUGUAGUCCUGGUUUAGUUCUUGCGGUGUGACUUGCUCGUGACUGCAGAACCAUAAACUAAAAUCCUGAUAUUGUUGGGUUUUUUUUUAAAUUCACUUGGUAUUUUACUUCAAUGAAUCUAAACACAUGACACAUUUAGAUCUUUUAUUGUUUUGAAAACACUUUAUUCACCAAAAAACACAUGAACAUGUUUAUUGUAUCAGGUUUGUGAAGUUGCACUGUACAGUUUUGUAUCAUGUUUUUGUAUAUUUAUAGAGAAUUGUCGUGUGGGAGCAUAAGGGUGACGUGGGCUUGUGGGCGGAGCCUUGUACGUUAUUUCUACUUAAGAGGGUUGUGUAUCAUUUUCUAACACUACUGCUACUACAGACCUGCCCCUCCUCCACUCCCACUGUCAGAUAAACUACUGUCAUACUGUUCUAUUAGUACUAUUACUACUACAACUACUGCCACAACUAAUACUAUUACUACAGGACAGACUUGAUCAGAUCAUAUAUUGUUGGCUGAAGAAAAGAGGUAGAGCGCUUCACUGGGUCAUAAAAGGGUUAAACAAAAUAGCAGUACAGGUCUACGAGGGUUAAACUAGUAACCUUUAAUAGAAAGUUACCCUCACUGAAAAAUGUAAAAGUGGGCUAGGUCCGACUGAAAAUAUUAAAAUAUAAAAUCUAUUAUUGCAUGAAGGAAUACCAACAGUUUGCAUCCCUUUUCUUCCCCGUGCAAUAAAGGAUUUUUUAUAUAUUCAGUCAGAGUGCCUUGAGUUUGUACCUUGCCCACUUUUACAUUUUUCAGUAAGGGUAACUUUCUGUUAAAGCUUACAUUGUUGGCGUUUGUUUUAUAAGGCUGUAUUUGAUCUAAUUUUAAAUGAUAAGAGACUCGUCAUAAGUCGCAAGAAGAGGCUUUAAAAGAACAGUGUAACUUUCUGGAGGUGCCUGCACAUCACCUGCGUGAGUCCAUGGACACGGAAAGUUCACAACAUUAUAGCCAAUAGAACUAGUAUCAUUAAGAAGUUGCCGAUACAUUUCUCGAUACAGCUCACAUUCAGUUCAAUACGAUAUAUUUCAAAUCGAUUUGUCUGUGAUACUAAAAGUCUUUGUUAAACCACAUCUAGUGCAAAUUUGAAACACAAACAUUUUAAUCAUCAAAACAGUGAAAAUAUCAAAUGUGUCGCAUAAAUUUGUUUACUUCCUCUGAACAAACAAAAAAACUGUAGCUGCAACAAAAUAAUUUAGUAAAAUAAGCCAAAAAAAACGAUAUAUUGAUAUUUUUGCACACCCCUAAUAGUCAAACAAACAACAUUUCCAUGGGAACAAGCAGAAGGGCCUCUUCCAGGUCAAAUAAGUGACAGGUUUGUGGAAAUGCAAGCCCACUCACAGUUAGGUGUGUGCAAAAAUAUUAAAAUAUCGAUAUAUGGUAUCGUUUAAUGUGAUGAUACAGUAUCAACAUCGUGGGCUGCUGUAUCAAUAUAUCAUCAAGAUUAUUUUUUGGUAUAUUUUACUAAAUUAUUUUGUUACAGUGCUACAGUUUUGUUGUUUUUUUAAAGGAAGGAAACUCAUUUAUGCAUUUGACAUUUUCACUGUUUUGAUGAUUAAAAUGUUUGUGUUUCAUAUGAACUUUGCACAAGAAGUGGAUUAACAAAGACUUUUAGUGUCACAGACAUGAUUUAGGCUUUAUUUUUUAUUGUAUUUAAUUUUAUUUUUUAUUUUGACCCGUAUCGAUUUGAUUUGAAAUAUAUCGUAUCGAAUCGAAAGCUCACCGUAUCAAGAUAUGUAUCGUAUCGUGGCCUAUCUGUUGACUUCUUAAUGAUACCCAGCCUUAGUGACAGUAAAGUUUCCAAUAAAUACAACCAAAAAGUGUUUUUGGGCGGACACGUGGUUUCAGUUCUGUGUAAUAUGGUAAAGUCCAAAAUCAUAAGUUUCCUCACAGGAAGUGAACAGUGAAACAGUCAUUGCUCAAAAACAAACAGAACAAACCAAAGACAAUAACCCAAGAACACAACGACUGCUCUACAACCGUUUCCAACAUUUUCUUAAUCUGUGACACGCGUAGGAUUCAGCAGCAUCAUGUAAUCAUUUUGUUGCAAAGCUAUCCGCAGUUUUUUAUACAAAAGAUAAAAGUCAUGGAAAUUGAAAAUGUCAUUAUCCAGGCCUGGAAAAGUCAUGGAAUUUUAAUGUUUCUUUCAUGCAACUACAGCGUUCUGUUGGGUCAUGAAGGUUUGUGACUGACUUAAGUCAAUAAACAUUAUUCGUAAAUUAUAUAUUUGUUUUUCAAUAUAAAACCAAAAAUAAGAAAACAUAAAAACAACAAUUUUCUUCAUUAUUUGUUUUCAAAACCAAAAUGAAAAAACAGAUAAUGAUUAGUUUUUUCAGUUUUCGAUUUUGUGUUUAAAUGAAAAAUGGAAAAAACGGAUAACGACCGUUU